UCGGCAGUGCUCGGCUCUCCCCGUAUAGUUCCCUACCGUUCCCACUCGGUUCCCUUCGCCAAGUUUCUACUCCUUCCCAGCAGCCCGCUGCCUUGCUGGGCUGCCUGCUCUCGAACAUGGCUGGCGGUGCGGGGCUGUCUUGGAUUCUCGGCACUGGACAUAGUGCGGCCUGACCAUACGGCCGAAACAGUGGGUCGUUUUUUGUUUUACAACCGAACUGGUACUGCACGCUCUGGUUUGCUGCCAGUUUCUGAUUGUAACCCUUGACCUCCAGUUGUAAGAGAAGUGCCAGUAAAGACUGAAGACAGAAGCACUGGUGCUGUGCACAUUUUCAUCUGCAUACAAAGACCUCUGCCUUGGUGUCAAGAAAGCCUCUUUAUUUUGAAGCCUUUUGAAGCUGUGUUGCAUGACCUUUCUAAAGUACCAGAUUAUGUUGGCUGCGCUUUCACUUUGCUCAAUUAUAUGGUUAAAUCGAGGUUUUAAAUUAAGAAAAGGGGGCACGUUGGUGACUCACUGACCAUCGAUUUGUAUGUGUGCGUGUGUAUGUGUGUGCGCGUGUGUGUGUGUGGGUGUGUGUGAUUGAAGAUGUUUGUGAACUUAUGAAGCCAGAAUGAGCCACUAAGGAAAGUUUCCAUUGUGUGCCAUUUUUGGACUCAUGGUCAAGGAGAUGUUUUUGGAAAGUAGUACUAUCAGUGACAAUUUCUGCACUACAUGAGCAUUCGCUGCCAACUUUCAUACAAACUUGAGAAAAAUCGACAUCUUUUUUAACAAAAGUGCAGAAAAUGUGUGCUGAGGGGUUUCAAUACCGUGCUCUUUAUGAGUACCAGAAGGAAAGGGAGGAAGAUAUAGACCUUUUGCCUGGUGAUGUGCUUACAAUCAGCAAAGAAGCUCUUCAUGUACUUGGCUGCAAGGAUGGGGAUGAGCAAAAUCCUGCUUUGAUUGGCUGGAUGUCUGGUAUAAAUGAGCGCACUAAGCAGAAAGGGGAUUUUCCUGGCACAUAUGUGGAGUACUUGGGAACUGUGAAGAUGUCACCAUCACUGCACAGACCCCGGGGGCAGAGACCACUGCCUGCUGCACCAGGGACUAGUAGCUCACGACCAGAGUCAGCUUCUGAAACACAAGGUUUCCAGCUGCCUGAUUUAACGGAGCAGUUCAAUCCUCCUGCAAAUGCACCUGCAGUUCUGGUCAAGCUCAUCAGUGAGAUUGAAAAGAAAGGUUUAGACAAUGAGAUGCUGUACAGAACACCCCCAUCAUCUUCAGCAAAAGAAUUCAAACAGGCCUCAAAAACUGACAGUGCCGGUUUAGACUUGGAGUUGCACUCUCUUUGUGAGGCAGUGAAGAAUUACCUGUCUGAGCUACCUAAUCCUGUGGUUCCAAACCACAUUCGCAGUGAAGCACUUCGUAUAAUUCAGGAAAUUCCUGCAGGUGAAGCUCUUAGACAGCAGCUGAUACUGUGUCUUGGCUCACGUACAGUUCCACUUCACAACGAGCUCACUUUCCAGUAUUUGCUGAAGCACUUUCAAAAAUUGUGUGAGAAUGCAGAGAAGAAUGGCCACACUGCUCAAACUCUAGGAGAAAUAUUUGGCCCUCUACUCUUCAGGCCUAGCUUUGAUGUGGACCAAGGCUACUGUGCACUAAUACUGGAGACUCUGUUACAAGGUCAUCAAAAGGAAGCCGAGCCUGAGCCCCCACCUCCAGCUCUGCCUCCUAAACCACCUAAAACCAGGCCUGCAUCAAGCGGACUAUCAAAUGGAAAUGGGUCACAUGGGACAACACUGCAGGAUGCAGAGUGGUACUGGGGUGAAAUCUCUAGAGAAGAAGUCAAUGAAAAGAUGCGUGAUAGUCCAGAUGGCACUUUUCUUGUUCGAGAUGCUUCAAGUAAAAUUCCAGGAGAGUACACACUCACGCUGAGGAAGGGUGGAAACAACAAACUGAUAAAGAUUUGCCAUCAUAAUGGAAAAUAUGGUUUUUCAGAACCUUAUACUUUUAAUUCUGUGGUAGAACUCAUCAACCACUACCGUCACGAGUCUCUUGCACAAUACAAUGCCAAGCUGGACACAAAACUUAUCUUCGCAGUGUCCAAAUACCAGCAGGACCAGUUGGUGAAGGAGGACAGUGUCGAAGCCGUAGGAGAGCAGCUGCAGGUGUACCAUCAGCAGUACCAGGAGAAAAAUCGCGAGUAUGACUUUCUAUAUGAGGACUACACCCGAACUUCACAGGAGCUGCAGAUGAAAAGAACAGCAAUUGAAGCUUUUAAAGAAACAAUAAAGAUCUUUGAGGAGCAGUGUCAGACCCAGGAACGAUGCAGCAAAGAGCAUAUUGAUAAAUUCAAACGAGAGGGAAAUGAGAAAGAAGUACAAAGGAUUCUGAUGAACUCUGAAAAGCUGAAAUCUCGUAUUACUGAAAUCCAUGAGAGCAAAAUGAAACUGGAAAUAGACUUGAAGAAGCAGGCCUUAGAAAACCGUGAAAUUGACAAAAGAAUGAACAGCCUUAAACCAGACCUAAUGCAGCUCCGAAAGCUCCGUGACCAGUACUUAAUAUGGCUGACGCAAAAGGGUGCUCGACAGAAGAAAAUCAACGAGUGGCUGGGGGUCAAAAAUGAAACAGAGGACCAAUAUUCCACAAUGGAUGAUGACGAUGACCCUCCACAUCACAAGGAACAAACAUGGUACCUUGGAAAUAUUAAUCGUGCACAAGCUGAGCAGAUGCUUUACGGAAAGCCAGAUGGAACAUUCCUAAUCCGAGAAAGAGCAGAGAAGGACUCUUAUGCCUGUUCAGUAGUUGUGGAUUCUGACGUUAAGCACUGUGUGAUUCACAAGAUGGCUACAGGAUAUGGCUUUGCAGAACCCUACCACCUGUACGCCUCUCUGAAAGAUCUUGUUUUGCACUACAUGCACAACUCGCUGGUACAGCACAAUGAUAACAUGAAUGUGAAGCUUGCUUAUCCCGUCCUUUCGCAAUCCCCCAGAUGAGCUUCAUGUCUUGGACACCAGAUAUAGAAAUGGUCUCAACUGUGCACUUGUAACUGUCCGUGGUGUGUCCCUUUUCAGCUCAGCAUUUUCCUGACAUGAAAGACUCUGACAGCAAGAUCAAAACCUGCAGGCAGCCAUCUGGAGACAUGUAUGGCUUUUUUAUUCAUCAGUGUAGCACAAGUGGUUUGUCUCUGAGACAGUGCAGAGUUCUGCCGCUGCAAACAGUGGCCAUACUGAGUGCUAUGUAACGGAGUUUGUUUUCCUUGCUGGUAUAAGGAGGAAUUAUUUUAGUGCUCCCUGAGUUGAAAUGCAUAAAAUCAGAAGAACUUUAGACAUGCAUUUCCGUAAUGGAAAUUGUUAGCUUUAUGCAUUUGCUGCAUUAUAUUAGACCAGAGUAGCUGCUUUUUAGUUUCUUGAUUAAUCUUGUAAGUGAAAUGGGUACUGUAAUAUAAUUGUAUCACUUGAGAAAAUACAUCAUCUAGAGUCUGUUUUA